CCUCAUCAAAUCCAAUACAGCGAACCGGAAAUCCGGAAACUGCGCAGACCCCGCAAACCACCGCAACGGUCACCGGCACGCGGGAGGCGGCAACGAGGAUACUUGCUGGAGCGAAGAGUGCGAUGUCACCGCCCGGAGACCCCUGUGCCAGCCUAAGCACGCCAGGAACGCCGGUGGUGGUGGUGGUGGGAAGAAGAGUGGAGAAGAUCCAAAGUCAUGACGGAUAUUAUCAGGAGGAUGGACUGGACCGGCACGCCAAAGAACACCGCAAACCAUCAAGGCACCAUCACACCAUUGACCUUCCGGUGCAACACCACGGGAGUUCCCGCACCAGCCGGACGCCUUCGCCUACAACAUCCCUCUCCAAGCACUCGGACGAAGCCGCGUUGUUCUUUGAACCGAAGGACAAGCAUCGGACCGGUACUUCCAGUACACCUCUAGCAUCAGCACCACUCCAGCCCGUCAGCAUGCGCGUCCCCGGGAGAACGAGUGCGUACAGCGGCGCCCUUGAUGCAGACCUCCAUCCAAUAGUUAAGUCAGUCUUCGGACAGGACCGCAAGCGAAGUUACAAAGCAGUGCAGUCAUGUGAUGAAGGGGUGACAUCUGGAGAGGCCCUGGCAGCCUUGGCUCAGAACUCAACAUAUAUGCACAAUGUGCUCGGACCUGCAUGCAUUUUCCUGCGCAAGGGCUUCGCUGAAAGCCGGAAGGCUAACAGAGAGUUGAGACCAGAGGAACUGGAUGAGCUACAAGAAGCCUUCAAAGAGUUUGAUAAAGAUAAAGAUGGCUUCAUUGGCUGUAAAGACCUUGGCAACUGUAUGAGAACUAUGGGAUACAUGCCUACAGAAAUGGAGCUUAUUGAACUGAGUCAACAGAUUAACAUGAACUUGGGGGGACAUGUUGACUUUGAGGACUUUGUGGAGUUGAUGGGCCCUAAACUUCUGGCUGAGACGGCAGAUAUGAUCGGAGUAAAAGAGCUUAGAGAUGCCUUCAAAGAGUUUGACACCAAUGGAGACGGUCAGAUCAGUACAGCAGAACUAAGAGAGGCCAUGAAGAAACUGCUUGGACAGCAGGUGGGUCACAGAGAUCUGGAGGACAUUCUGCGUGACAUUGAUUUAAAUGGAGAUGGUCAUGUUGACUUUGAAGAAUUUGUACGAAUGAUGUCUCGCUAGAGGAAAGGUGGAUGGACCACAUCAAAGACUAGAUCUCCUGUGUUUAAAAAAUGAUGGAGGAGGUGAGGAAGAAUGAUGAGGAGGAAACGGGAGCAGCCUCAUGAGAGGAACUUCUGACCUCUGACCUCAAAGCACAAAUGAAAGGAAACUGCACAAUAACCCUCCGUGACAGCUUUUAUGAAGCCAUCAAUGGGAAAUGGAAGGACAACUCACUGAUACUGUGAUCUCUGACAACUUUUUGUAACAGAAUUUGCAUCCUGCAGGAAGCCUGCGAGGGCUCUGGUGAACAAAAUUACUAAACUAAUGUUAGAUUUUGACAUUAAUUAAAAUGAUGCUUAAAGAGCAACAUUUGGCUUCAAAACAGAGAUUUAAACAAACUGCUUAGACCAGCAGUGUCAAAAUGUCCCAUAGCUUACUUGCAUUUCUGCACUGGCAUCUCCUGAAGUCACAUCUAUUUUGUGAAAGUAGGGUGCCCCAAUAAAAUUGCAAUAACACUGCUCUUUUAUAUUUUAAGCUAUUUAUUAAUAUUUGUACAGUAUAGAGAGAUGAGUGCAAGAGUGUAUAGUUUCUCUUUAAGAGACUCUGGCUGUUUUAAAGUAGCCUAUGAUAUAUUAGAUUAUUACUCACAAAGAUUUUAUUUUAUAUACAGUAUCAAUGCUGGAAAACCUUUGCUAUUGAUCAUUUGCUAUUUAUUGUACAAUACAUUGGACCUAUGCACUACUGUAUGUUUGGACAUAUUUUUUGAAACUUAGAGAAACUUUUGCCAUUAAGAUGAAGAACAUUAAAUUGCCCUUAUUUGCACAUUGUCAUGCAUGAAUGCUAGUGCUGAUGUAGUUUUGAGUCAACAGUUGAGUAGCCUACUGUUGUAAACAUACUUUAUGUAGGUUUGUUAUGUAUUUAAAAUUAUGUACAUUUAUUUAACUGACAAAUAAGCAUCUUAAUGCACUAUUUGAGACUUAAUGUGUGUGUGUGUGUGUGUGUGUGUGAGAGAGAGAGAGAGAGAGAGGGGUGUGGAGGGGUUGUAUGGAUAUUGGGUUUCAGGAUUUAUUGUAAUUUAUUUGUGGGAUUUCUAGCUUGUCUUAAAUGAGUUAAUCUAUGCAUGCCAAAACAACUUUUUUAGAGGGUAGAUUUCAUUAAAGUGUUGUUGUUGUUAAAUUGUCCCUUUGUUCUUAUCUUAAAUUCUUCAAACACCAAAACUUGAAGACAAUAAAGCAUUUGUAUUUUGA